AACCUUGCUAAUUUAAGGAAAAGGGGUGGAAGGAGUAAUUUCCUGGUCAAUGUGAGGGAGGGUGAAGCUCUAGACGUCACUUACCUCCACCAUGUCUGUGAACACGGCGCACGCUGGCAAGGGCGUCCUUAUUUACGCCGGGGAAUGCAUCAUCCUGUUCUGUGACCAUGUGACAAUGGAGUUUGGUGGGUCGCUGCCGCCUGAGAUGCGCGGCAGCAAGACGGGCCGGCUGUACCUCACAUCCCACCGCUUCAUCUUCAACAACAAGGACCACAAGGACAGGCUGCAGUCCUUUGCCGCCCCCUUCUUCUCUCUCGAGCAGGUUGAGUUGGAGCAGCCCGUGUUUGGUGCCAACUACAUCAAGGGCACCGUCAACGCUCAGCCCAACGGAGGAUGGACUGGCCAGGCCAAGUUCAAGCUAACCUUCAAGCAUGGCGGGGCCAUUGAGUUUGGCCAGGCCAUGCUCAAGGUGGCCUCCAUGGCCUCCAGGAACAUGCAGCAGGCCGGCUAUGCUCCCAAUGCCCCACCGCCCUACACCCCACCUACAGGCACCUGGACCCAGGCACCACCCCCAGCCUAUGCACCCCCAGCAGGCGGCUACUAUGGCUGGGCUCCUCCCGUCAACACCUUCCCAGACCGGCCCCCAGCGGACGGUGUGUACAUGUAUGAUGCGCCGCCACCGUACCCCGGCCUGGGCUUCCAGAACAGCACGCCGGCUGCCACAGGCUUCUCUGCUGCAGAUGCCAAGGCCCAGGAAGCAGCUCAGAGUGCCUACUAUGACCCCAGCAACCCCCAGUAUGCAUAUGUGCCACCUCCAGCUUAUAGUGAGUCACCUCCCUCAUAUGAUGUUGCAACCAAGAAGACUCAGUGAGGGUCUUCUUACUUAGCCUGGCCACUCUCUCCACCUCCACACACCCAGCCACACACCACACCCAGCCUCACACCACACCCAGCCUCACACACACUCCACAGCCAGCCACAGCUCACACCCAUGAUACAGUGACACUAACACAGCAAGCACAUGAGGCCAACAUAUCCUGCUGCACCAGGAGACGAGUUUCCUACACCUGUGUCAUGCUCUUCAGUGUUGUUUUGUUGAAUAUUGGCAGUCAGCAUGCAGCUCUUAGGUACUUUUGUCCUGAUGGAAUUGGUAGAACAAACUCUUGAUGGGCAAACAUUCCUCCACGCAGCUUGAGUGAGUUUAGUUAGCGUAAGGUUAAAGCUGUGUCUGUUUCCUUCCUCUUGUUACUGUGCAUGUAUUCAGAUGGUUAGUGUUUGCCCAUAUACAAGUCAAAAGAUCUUGUGCACAUUAAGGUGACUCAAGUUUCACUCCCAAAGCAUAACCUUGAGGGAAGACAAUAGGAAUUGAUCUUAACAGUUGUCCUGGGAAUAAGAUGCUAAUUGUGACCAAGGGAAGGAGAUAUCAGUUAUAUGGGAAUGGGAUAUUGAUGGUAACAUGGCAAGUCAGUGUUUGCCUUCCUGUUGUAGUGAUUAUCCUGUGAGGAAUGAGUGUAAGUAUGUAAUGCCUUGUUUACAGUGUCCAGGCUGUUGAAAAGUUGCAUAUACCUGGUUAUCCAUCACCUGUCAUUUCCAGCUUCUUAGUGUGUAUGUGUGUGUGUGUGUGUGUGUGUGUGUGUGGGUGUGUUUGUGCAUGUAUGAGAGAGAGAGAGAGUCAGGCUAGAAUCUGAAGUUAUCCUUUCUAUGGCUACAGUUCUUAUCAGCACCAGAGACCAGUAUAUAAUAGACUAGUAAUUAAUGCAGCCCUCACAUACUGCUUGCACCUCCAGUCAGUCACGUUUUCCUCCCACAUAAGGUUUGUAUUGAGUGUGAGCAGAGACUAAUUGUUCAGAAUAUGGCGGUUACAUAUGGCUUGCUUCGUUCCUCCUCCAGAAGAUUUUAUCAGGGCUUCUUUAUGUGUGCUUGUUUGAUGAGCAGUGUGGUGAAGGAGGUCCACACUCGUAAAGAACAGCGAUGGGUAGUAGGUACCAAUUUAGAGAGAUAUCAGUUUAGCCUUUUAUUUCUAUAAUGGACAACAUGGUAGAGGAGGUUCAUAUUUCCAAAAGAGCUUAGUGACAAGCAGUAGGUACUAAUUCAGAGGGAUAUUAGUUCACCAGCCUUUCAUUUCAUUGUGGUUGAUUCAUUCAUGCACAGUAGGAUGCAGACAUACAGAAUCAUAGAGUAGCUGAGUAGAUGCCUUAUUAGAAAAUCAGGUGUCAUGUUCCUACCUGGAUGUUGCAGUCAUAAUGGUUUUGCCGAGUGAAUACACACCACCUUUACAAACUCUGUCUCUGUGGUGCUUCAUUCAAGGAGCUGCCGUCUUGUAAGCACUGGAGACAAGCCGCCCGUGUUGACUUCAUGGAUGUUAUUGUUACUCGGCUCACUCUCCCUCCCGUGUAUCCAUUUGUUGAGGGGGAGUGUAUUGGUGUAGGGUUGGUGGUGACAGUGUGAGAGGGACCACGGCUUAUCAUUAGAACACCAUAUUACAUUAUCAUACUCAUGUGAUUUUGCAAUGUAUCUUCCCUGUAGACACGUUCCAUAAUUUUCUUGUGUUGUUUUUUUGUGAUUAGUUUCCGUUAAUUUCUCUUUGGUUUUCGUAUUUUAGGAGUGUGUGUGAGUGUGUGUGUGUUUGUGCGUUGAAGGUUUCGGGUUUGGUUUGUGGUGUUGCAGCAUUAAAUGUUGAGUUGCUGUUACCGUUUCUUGUGAUGCAUCGCUUGUGUUUAUUCUAAGUUUCAUAGCAGGUUGUAUCUUCUGUUUCUGUGAGUCUCUCCCUCACCGAGUCUCACUUUUACUUCUCUCAUUCCUGAAUAAGGCCAGGCUUGAGUUGUGCAUUCUUAUUAAAUAUUUUGUGUUCUGAAGGAAGCCUUGUAGGAAAUGUGAUGAAAAUCCUUCUGAAACACACACACACACACACACACACACACACACACACACACACACACACACACACACACACACACACACACACACACACACACACACACACACACACACACACACACACACACACACACACACACACACACACACACAA